AUGAUAAGUGGAAUUCGUGUAAAUGACAAUUGUGUUUCCGAAUUUAAUAAUAUGAAAAUUCGCAAAACAUGCAGGUGGAUUAUAUUUGUUAUAGAAAAUUGUGAAAUUAUUAUUCAUUCCAAAGGAGAAACUACAUCAUUAAAAGAGCUCGUUGACUCUAUAGAUAAAAAUAACAAUAUACAAUGUGCAUAUGUUGUGUUCGACGCAGUAAACAAAAUCCACUUUUUCAUGUAUGCAAGGGAAACCUCAAAUUCUCGAGACAGAAUGACUUAUGCAUCCAGCAAGCAAGCCUUAUUAAAAAAAAUUGAAGGAGUUAAUGUUUUUACUUCCGUUGUCGAAAGUGCCCAAGACGUUGCUGAUUAUAAAUGA